UGUGAAACUAGUUGGUGACGUAGCGGAAGUUGGUGUCACGUGCUCAGAGUGGUUGUCACGACAGAGGAAUAUUCUAUGGUAUCUCCAUUAUGUCAGACAUGCAGAACGAGUGGAAAACCACGGAAUUUCGUAACAGGGUGGUCAUGCAGAUUGAAAAUGCCUUGAAGCAAUCUGGAACUAAAAUUCCUAAAUCCAGUGUGGAAAUGGAAAAUCAUUUACAUCAAAAGGCCAAAACUAAGGAGGAAUAUUUGGAUCUUUUAUCCAAGUUAAUUAUCCAUGUGUCUGAAAUUUCUAAGAAAGGUAAACAAGCUGCAUCUGAUGCAGUAAACCAAGGGAUACCUCCUCAGGGCAUACCUCCACAGAGCCUUGCUCCUGGCCAGUCACCUCAGCAAGCUCAACAGCAAUCUCAGACCAUGCAGGAUCCAAUAAAUGCUUUGCAGAAUUUAGCUAUGCAGGGGACCACUUCUGCAAUAUGUCCUCAACAAGCUGAGCGUAUGAAAGGAUACCCUCAAAAUUUUCCACGUAUGAUGAACCACCAGCAAGCUACAGCUGCUCAUAUACAAUUCCAACAGCGACAUAUGCCAGCUCGCACACCUGUUAACCAACCAAAGCCUGUUCCUUUGCAGAGGCAUGAUGCUUUCAUGGUUUCCCAAGCACCACCCCAAGCACAACAACAAACGCAACCACCACCAACUUCUCAACCACCAGUUCCACCACCACAAACUUCAACACAGCAACAACCCCAACAACAACAGUCAGCACCCCAGCAACAAAUGGUUGGUCAACAAAUGGCAGUGUCAGGCCCUAAUCAACUACCAUUCCAAGGGGGCAACCCUCCUUCUGUACCAAGAUCAAUGGUUCAAAGUCCAUACAUGAGUCCACAGCAAUAUGGCCAAAGUCCUAGUCAAGUACAGCCAGCUAGCAAUGUCUCACAGUUAAAUACUGCCCAUUCACCUGCUACUCAAAGUUCUCAUAUGGUCCAUUCACCUGCUAACUUGGCUGCACCGUCACCAAAUACUCAUAUUGUCCCAUCUCCAGUAUCUCGUAAUGCUGCCAUGGGUGCCCCGUCACCGGGAAGUGCUUUGAACACACCUGGUAAUCCUGGUUCUGUGGGAACUACUGCUAGUCCAUCUGAAGACCAGGCUUAUUUGGAGAAAUUAAAGCAGUUAUCCAAAUAUAUUGAUCCACUGCGAAGAAUGAUUCGUAAAACAGAAACUGAAGAAGAUAAUAAAAAAGAUCAAUCUCAUAAAAUGAAGAAUCUUUUGGAAAUUUUGUCUGAUCCUUCAAAACGUCUUCCAAUGACCACCUUGUUGAAAUGUGAACAGGUCUUACUGAAAAUGGAACUAUCAAAGCCACCUUCCUCCAGUGAUGGCAGUGGGUCUAGCUCCAAGAAUGGAGAACAACAUAUGUGUCAACCCUUACUAGAUUCUAUUGCUGCCCACAUGAAGUCUCCAAUGCUAAACCACACACUUCAUCGUACUUUUGGACCUGCUGUUGCAGCACUCCGUGGCCAGCCUAUUCGGGUUCCUAGUCCACCUCCUACUAAGAAACCAAAAGUUUCCAAUGAGAAAGAUAAAUUGACUAAUAUACUACAAGGUGAAAUUGCUCGAUUGCCACACCGGUUCCGUAUUAACCUAGACCCUGCACAUCAUGUUAGCUCAAAGACUGUCCAUCUUAUCUGUAAAUUAGAUGAUAAGAACCUACCUAGUGUGCCUCCUAUCUUGAUUGUGGUACCUGAGGAUUAUCCUUCAACCAGUCCGCAGUGUGACAGCAAUGCCGAAGAUUAUACUGCUACUCCCUUUCUACAAGGUGUACAGAAUGCACUUCAAUCAAGUUUACAGAAAAUGCCUGAUCACUUCUCAGUAACAACUCUAUUAGAUACUUGGGAAAUGAGUGUCCGAAGAAUGUGUGCACCAACUUCAUAAAUCAACCUAAUUCCUGUAAGGAAUUUGGGAUCCUGAAACACUACUCCCUAUUUUUGCCCAUCCAACUGUAUUUAAAGUAUCAAUUUUGACAUUGUAAAUAUUUCUUAUGAUACAAUUGAAAUAAAAAAAGAAACAAAA